AUGAAGCCGAUGAGGGCGCCGAUUAAAGACGGUGUCAUUUAUUCACCCUACCCGGUGUGCUCUAUCCCCUGCUCUUCUAUAUACACUGCCAUUCAGAGAUGCAUUGAAGCUUCGCCGGAUAGAAUUGCCAUUGUCGACGACUCGGUGCAGUUAACGCGAGCUCAGUUCUUCGCGAGAAUAAAGCGCUGCGCGGCAGGUUUGCAAGCUCACGGCAUCAAGCCGGGAGACCAUGUCUGCGUCCAUCUUGACACCAGCGUUGAAAACCUGAUUGCAAUGUUCGGAUUCGUGUUUGCUGGGGCAACACUCAUCCUAUCCUACAUCGGACUCAAUGAAGACGAACUUCUUUCGCAUAUCAAGGACGGUGAUGUUACCCACAUUCUGACUGAUUUCAAGAACGCCAAAAAAUGUAUCAAUUUACAAAAACAAUCAAGUGUGAACCUAAUGGGUCUCUUUAUAAACGGCGAGCUGCCUGGAUUUAUUGACGUGUUGGAACUCUCAACCUCUGAUGAGAGCAACUUUGUUGAAGUGGACGUUCCUGAUCCGGCAAAUACACUGGCUGCUAUCUGCUACACCUCAGGCACUACGGCAUUAUCCAAGGGCGUGGAAAUUACGCACCUCAGUUUUGUCGCCAGCCUCUACGCCUCCAAGGCCUGCAUGACGGACGAGGGAGCAGACGUCCUGUUGGCUUGUUACCCUCUGACGUUCGCAUCGGGCUUCCAGUUUAUCAUGAGUGCGGCCUGCAGCGGAUCAACUUGCGUCGUCGUCAGUCCUAUGAUGAUGUUUGAUCGGUUCGCUCAGGUCAUCAACGAAUUUCAGGUGACAACCAUUUCCAGUUCUCCAACGCAACUGCUGUACUUCACCAGCGAGAUGCGCCGCACUGGAGUUCAACUCAACUCUGUCCGGAAGAUCAACACUGGCGGAACUGCACCCAGCGAGGUGCUCGCCAAGGCGCUGAUGACGGUCUUUAGGGACCUGCGUUGCCUGAGGAACAAUUAUUCGCAAUCGGAAUCUUGCGGCCUCGUCUUUUUCCCUCCUUCAGACGAGAUGGAUCUUCGCAGCAUGGGCUUCCCGGCUCCGAUGGUCCAAAUCAAGUUCGUCGACAUCGAGACAGGAGAGCCGAUUGGUCCCGAGGUCCCCGGAGAGCUGUGCUACAAGAGCCCAUGCUCCAUGAGAGGUUACUACAAGUGUCCCGAGAAGACCUCCGAAUUCAGAGACAAAGACGGCUGGUGCCAUUCGGGGGACAUCGCGUACUACGACCAAGACGGCAGGGUCUACUUUGUAGACCGGUUGAAGGAAUUCAUCAAGUGCAUGAACGACAAGGCCUAUCCCUCGGAACUGGAGAAUCUUCUUCUUAAGAACCACGACGAGAUUGCCGAAGUCGCAGUAGCAGGCCUGCCACACGACGAGCAUAUUGAAGUGGCCGCCGCUUUCGUCGUUCUCAAAGAGUCCCACAAAAAGGACCGGAAGACGACGGCGGCGGAAAUGAAAAAGACAGUCUCAGACGUAUGCCCAAUAUACAAGCACCUUCACGGCGGUGUCUACUUCCUUGAUCACCUACCCAGGACUCCAACUGCCAAGGUGAAGCGGGCAGCUUUGAAGGCCUAUGCGGCAUCUCUGGGUUCUUCCGCUUCUGAUUCGAUAACCUCAAGCAAAUAG